AUGGCCUCGAGCCACGAUGUCUAUUCCACCCAGCCAGCCUUUCCCUUUCUCGCCUCGUCUCUCCUAGCUCCUUAUGACAUGAGAAAUGCAGCACGCAGCAGCGGCGGCGGCGGCGACCAUCAGACAGCAACAACUGCAGAUGACCGUUCAUCAUGGGAUUUGAAACCCGCAUUUGACAAGUUCUCUGGCGUGUCGAGAUAUCGAAACGAGUCGCGAUUCUUGUUCCGGUGCGGAAGCACGGUUGGAGUUUCGUAUUUGAAGGAGUGGUGGAAUACGUCGAAUCCGGAUAUGAGUAGAGAUUUACUUGGGCAGAUUCCUAAAAGACUGCUCUCGCGUUAUCUUCUCGGUCUACAAAACAAGCAGACGACUCAAAAGGGACCAAGAGUGUACAUUAUCCGACCCAGUCAUUCUUCGACUUUUGCACCAGAUGCGCUGCUCGAGGCUAUUCUUGAAGAAGAACAAGCAAGCCGCCGUAGUCCUCCUCCUCAAACAGUGCUGUCGCGCGAUCAGGCGAUUGAUCUGUUGGAUUGUGUUGAGCUACUCACCAUUCACGACUUUGCGGCUGCUACGCGCGCUAUCAGUCAGGUGUCGGAUAGGUUGUAUGCGAUGCAGCAGCAGCUUCGACAGCCAAAGACCAAUAAUCAAGAUGAUCCUGCUCUUGGUCAGGAGGAGGAGGGGGAGGAGAAAGAGGAGGAUGACGACAACAACAACAACAACAAGCGGAAUCUUCCAUCAACAGUCCUAUUCAUAAUCGAAGGCCUCGACGCCAUGGCUGAAAACGUCAUUCGCAAUUCCGAUGCUCUGCGAGGAAGCGCGGUGUUGACACCCGCGCUGAGAACGCUGACGUAUCUGUCGCGGAGCUAUGCUUCGUUUUUGUCGAUUGUGCUGGUUAAUACGACGGGGUUGGGGUCUCAUCCUCCUUCUCGGUCUUCUCAGCCUCCACCGGGGCUGUCAGUGUCACAGAGUCAUGAUGGUGGUGGUGGUGGUGGUGGUAUGAGUAAUAAUAACAGAAACAACAAUAUGAAAAGCGCCGGGGGUUUAUACUCUGUCUUCUCCCGGACUCACAGACAAGACAAUAAUGACGACGACAACGACAACGACACGGACGAGCCGCUUCCUCUUUUACAUACUCUGCUUUCUCGAACCAUGGAUCAGGCGAUUGAUAUUCAUCUCCUCUUUCAGCUUCGCAAGAACCAGUCUCUCGUCGAGGUUGUCAAGGACCGUACGGGGGAUGGGCUUGGGAAAUGGUGUGUAUGGAGUUGA